AAAAAAAAGAAAGACGAUAAAAUUAACACAAGAGACCAAACUUAAUCAACUAUCAAUUGAUUAACCAAACCAAAUGAGAAACAAAUUAAUGGCGAAAGUUAAAUUAACUCAAUUGUUGUUGAUCAUUGUUGUGGAAAAAUGUAAAAUGUACAAAUAAUUGUAAAGUUAAUUGUUGAGAAAAUUGUUUACCUAUUAUUUAAUUUUCUCAAUUAAUGUCAUCCCAUCCUGUCAAAAUGGUUCCAUUGUUAAAUCUUUAAUGUUUAGAAAAAUUAAUUCUUAAUUACCAACGUAAUUAACCCUCUAAACUAAAUGUAUCGGCUUACGAUUACGACUUUUUUUUUACUUCCAUUUGAUUUGAUCAUUAAUUAAUUGGAAUAAAAUUACCUUUCUACUUUCAGGUAUCACGUUGAUUAACAGUUGAUUUACUUGAUUAUCAACUAAAUUAUGCUCAUGUUCAAACCAUUGAUUUCUCUCAAUCUGAUUUUAUUUUCGAUUACAUAUUUAGUUAACUAGUUUCUCUAAAUGUGAGUUGAUUGUUGAGAAUUGAUUAACUCUCGAGAAAGAGAGAAAGAAAGUAAAAAAAGAAAGAGGAAAAUGAUUAAUGAUUAAUAAAGUUUUCUGUUAAUUCUGUAAAUUAAAUGAAUUGACUGUUUAAAAAUGUCCAUAUCAUUUGAUAAUUCAUCAUCUCAUCAUAAAGAUAAAUUAGUUUGUCGUAAUAAAAUUAAUUCCAGUGAUAAAUUAACACCAACAAUCAAUGAAACAACAUUAAAAACUAUUAACCAAAGAAAUGAUAACAAACUUUACUCACCAAUAUCAUCAUCCUCAUCCUCAUCACCACCAACACCCCAACCACAACCACCAGUAUCAGUACAAUUAACAACAACAAUUAAUUAUAAUGAAUUAACUACUGACAAUAACUCAGCUGAUUGUAAACAAAGUGAUAACAAGUCAAUAACAACGACAACAACAACAACAUCAACUGUUGACAGUUUUAGUCAAAUUAAUCAAACUAAUGGCAACGAGAGUGAUAAAUUUAAUUGUAAUAAACCCUUAAUUAGUGAGAGAAAUGAUCACACCAACGGAAUUAAUUUUAAUUGUGGUCAAGUGAAAAAUCUGGUCCAUUGGUUUCGCAAAGGUCUUCGUCUUCAUGAUCAACCAGCUCUUCUUAAAGGAAUCAAAGGAUGUCAAACCUUUCGCUGUGUCUAUUUAAUUGAUCCCUGGUUUUCCACACAGUCUAAUUGUGGAAUCAAUAAAUGGCGAUUCUUAUUACAAUCACUGGAAGAUCUUGACAACAAUUUACAUAAAUUGGGCUCUCGUCUGUUUGUCAUCAGGGGCCAACCCACUGAGGUUUUUCCUCCUCUUUUCAAAGAAUGGUCAAUUACACAUUUAAGUUUCGAAGAAGAUCCUGAACCAUUUGGAAAGAUUCGCGAUGCAAAAAUAACGAAAAUGUGUAAAGAAAUGAAUCUCCAUGUGAUCUGUGAAACCUCUCACACUCUCUACAAACUGGACAAUAUAAUUGACCGUUGUGGUGGUGAGAUUCCUCUGACUUACCUACAGUUUCAAACAAUAGUCUCUGACCUCGAGAAACCCGACGAACCAGCGCAAACAAUAACUCUCGAUAUAAUUGGAAAUUCAUAUACACCAGUUUCCGGAGAUCAUGUGAAAAAAUAUGCCGUACCAACGCUAGAGGAAUUGGGAUUCAAGAACAACUCGAAUCAAAGGUCAGUUUGGAUCGGUGGAGAGACCGAAGCGCUACAAAGAUUAGCUCGACACCUCGAACAUAAAGCUUGGGUGGCGACCUUUGGAAAACCCGAUUCAACCUCGUUAUCCCUUCUCUGUGCCCCUCAAACGGGUUUAGGACCUUAUUUAAGAUUUGGUUGUAUUUCGCCUCGACUCCUUUACCACCAACUGACCAACCUUUUCGCUAAAUUAAAACAAGGAAAUCCACCACUUUCUCUGUAUGGACAAUUGUUGUGGCGGGAAUUUUUUUACACGGUGGCUACAAAUAAUCCCAAUUUCGAUAAGAUGCAAAAUAAUCCGCUUUGUGUUCAAAUUGCUUGGAAUUCAAAUGCUGAGGCUCUGGUGAAAUGGGCUAAUGGUCAAACGGGAUACCCUUGGAUUGAUGCAAUUCAAACACAAUUAAGACGCGAAGGUUGGAUCCAUCAGAUAGCCAAACAUGCAACAGUUUGUUUCCUUACUAGAGGAAUCCUGUGGAUCUCAUGGGAAGAAGGUAUGAAGAUAUUCGAUGAGCUUCUAAUCGAUGCCGACUGGUCAGUUAACGCUGGUACUUGGAUGUGGUUAAGUUGCUCAUCGUUUUUUCAACGAAUUUGUCACAUUUAUUGUCCGGUUACUUUUGGUCGAAAAAUGGAUCCUCAAGGAGAUUAUAUUCGACGGUAUCUUCCGGUUUUACGAAAUAUUCCCAAUGAAUAUAUUCACGAACCUUGGAAAGCACCGAUUAAAGUACAAAAAGAGGCUAAUUGUAAAAUCGGUAAACAUUAUCCUCAGCCGAUUGUUGAUCAUAUUGAGGCAAUGAGAAUUAAUCAAGAAAGGAUGAAACAAGUUUUCCGUAUCCUAAUUAAAGGAUUAGAUCUUAAAAAGGAAACGUAAUAUGU